AUGGGUCAAUUUAUAGAUUAUCUGCAGUCUUUUCCACCUAAGCAUGAGCUGCUACUAGUGGCACAUAACGCAAAAGCGUUUGAUGGAGUGCUAGUGCUUCAGGAACUAUUGGCUAGAAAGUUGAAAGUAGAACCCGUUCUUCAGGGUGCCAAAAUUCUCUCAUUGAAGGUUGGAAAUUGGAAAUUUAUCGAUUCCUUGAUGUUUCUACCUAUGCCUCUAAGCGCCAUGCCUAAAUCAUUUGGAUUGGACGAGUUGAAAAAGGGGUAUUGGCCAUUCAUGGCUAAUAAGCCUGAAUAUUAUCAAUAUGAAGGUCCUGUGUUGGAAAGAGAACUCUACUGCGUGUCAAACAUGAAGAGUAAGGCAGCCUCUGAUUUCAAUGCGUGGUACGAAAAACAGGUAUCGGAGAAUUAUGUGUUUAAUUUCCGCCGUGAGUUGAUUGAAUAUUGCAUUUCUGAUGUGACAAUCUUACGUCAGUCCUGUCAGGCAUUUCGAAAGCUAUUUAAGGAGGUUGCCGGAUUUGAUUGUAUGUUCAACUGUCUGACUCUCAGUGCAGCUUGCAUGGCGGCGUUUCGCCGUAAUUUCCUCAAAAAGGACACCAUCGGUAUUGUCCCCCCCGGAGGAUACCAUGGUCGUGGCAAGCAGUCUGAUAUGGCUCUGAAGUGGCUUGAUCAUGAAGCACACAAAUUAGGACGAAAGAUCAAGACGAUACAUACGGAUCGUGAGGUUAUGGUUCUGGGACGUCCUGUGGAUGGAUAUGUAGAACUCCCGCUACCCAACGGCACCAUGGAACGGCGAAUUUACCUGUUUCAUAGUUGCUAUUGGCACCAGUGCCCAACUCACUACCCUGUCUCAGACGACUCCCCUGAAAAUCGGUAUGAAAGAACACAACAAAUCACAACCCUAUUUCGCCGUUCAGGGUAUAAUGUGAUAGAAAUGUGGGAAUGUGAAUUCAAACGUCAACUCGUUUCAAAUCUCGAGGUAAAACAAUACUUUCAAGACCACCCCACUACUAGGACACCCCAUCUCGAUCUGCGGGAUGGGCUUACCGGUGGUCGCACAAGUGCUUUCCGCUGGUGUCAUAAGGCAGACCUGGAGAAGGGUGAGAGAAUUAAGAUGGCAGAUGUUACAAGCGAGUAUCCUAACGCCAAUCUUAGAGGCCGGUAUCCAUACGGACAUCCGGAAAUAUACCUCGAGGAUGUGCCGGACAUGCCACUGCCUGAUCAAUGGAAUGGGAUGAUUAAAUGUACGGUGCUGCCCCCACGAGAUUUGUUUUUACCAGUGCUACCCUACAAGUGCGGGGGUAAAUUGAUGUUUCCUCUAUGUCGCACUUGCGCCGAAAAAGAAUGCACAAAGGCAUGUCAUCAUACCCCUCUUGAGCGGCAGAUGACGGGGAGUUGGUGUGCUCCCGAACUUCUCCUUGCAAUUCAAGAAAAGGGCUAUGAGUUGCUCAAAGUACACGAGGUUCACCAGUACCCAGGUACCUUGCAGUAUGAUCCUCAGACAAAAGAGGAUGGCCUCUUUUCGGCUUAUGUGCGGUGCUUUAUGGCGCUAAAAAUACAGGCUAGCGGGUGGCCCGCAGAUUGCACAACUGACGAGCUAAAAGCAAAGUACGUAGAGGACACCCUGGAGCAUGACGGGGUUGUUCUAGAUCCCUCAAAGAUGAUUAAAAACCCAGCACUUCGAACGCUCUCUAAACUAAUGUGUAAUAGUUUCUGGGGGAAGAUGGGCGAAAAGACACUGAGGCCUAAGACGCACUUCAUUUAUGAUUAUGAACACCUUAUAAGGCUCAUUACUGAUCCUACAAUCACUGUGACAGGGCUUAUCCCUAUAGGUGAUGAAUGUCUCCAAGUGACUUGUAUGCCUGCAGAGGAUAGUGAAGUGAGCCUCCCCACCUCUUCUCUAAUUCACGCGGCGUUCACCACAUGUCAUGGUAGACUUCAACUGUAUCGAUACCUCGAUAUCGUUCGGGAGAGAGCCCUGUACUGUGAUACCGAUUCGGUAGCCUAUAUUAGCCGCCCGGGGGAGCCGGACCUACCCCUCGGCACGCAUCUCGGUGACCUGACCGAUCAGGUCGAGGAGGACUACGGUCCUGGGUCCUUCAUCACCGAGUUCGCGGCCGGGGGGCCUAAAAAUUAUGCCUAUAAGGUGGCGGUAGGGGGUGAUGUCACCAACAUCAAGGUAUGCAUCAAGGUGAGAGGCAUAACCAUAAAUAAGUCAUGUGAUCAAUUAGUAACAUAUGACAACCUAAAGUCCAUGGUUUUAGGUGACAGAGAAAAGAUCAAUGUCCCUAUUCCUCAUCAAAUAGCCCGCCUACCAACCUGGAAGAUCGUGACACGGUCGUCACAUAAGAACUGGCAGGCUAAAAACACGAAGUGUCGCAGAGUCGGGCUCGAGAUGACAGUGCCUCACGGCUUCAAUGCGUGGGAAAUGGCUGACGAGGAAGACCAAGACCUCCUCGAGGUCAUGGGUCUCCUUGGCGACGCCUAA